GAAAAAAAACCGUUGAACGAGUCGGAUGCGGGUCGGAUGGUGCUGCAGGCCAAUCUACAAACUCGUCCACGCCUACAUACGCUCGAUUCAGAAGUUCCUAUAAUAUUAAGAAUAACAUAGAAUAGUACAAAACUAGUACGACUACGUAAAAGCCACUAACUGUCGAUGCAACCAAUGCCACAACCACAACACACCCCCCAAGUAAAAUCCAAUUCGAAAUUCACACGAGAAACAACAAAAUUAAAAACACAUCGAAUCGAGUCGGCGAUGCUGCUGCGCAAUGCCUUUCUGACGCCAAGCUGCUGGAGGGAAGACUAAGAGAAUCAGAACAGCUGACAACAACCAACCCGUUCGCUAGCGAGGACAGCAGAGCAACAAAUGGCCAACGAUGCACUAACCAACUAAUUGAAUUGUUUCAAUAAUGCUAAUGACGACGGCUCUCCAAUGUCCAGUUCUGAUGUGGAAACUUUCAAAGGCAAAAUAGUUUACAAUAUCGAUGGCAGCGCAUUUAUUAUCGAUGCUGAUAAUGCCAAUGGAUGUGGAUCUGUUUCUGUCUCUCUCCAAAGUUCAGAUGCCUCAACAUCGACACUAGUGAAAAGACCACCGAAGACUAAAGACCGAAGACCGGAAAAGCAGGAAGAACAACAGCAACAUCAACAGCAACAGGAAGAGGAUCAGGAUCAGGAUCAGGAUCAGGAACAAGCUGGUGCUGACGCUGACGCUAACGCUGAUGCUGAUGCUGAAUCUGGUGCUGGUAUUGGUUCUGCUGGGGGAUUUGGUUAUAAAUCGAGUCCAAAGAUCCAUUCCUUCCGCGUUGUGUCCGCGCAAGAUGCAAAUACAACUUGCCAGGAUCCGAAUAGAGCCCUUAAGAUUCAAAAACCGAUUUUAAUGUGCUUUAUAUGCAAACUAUCCUUUGGCAACGUGAAGUCAUUUAGCCUGCAUGCGAACACAGAGCACAGACUCAAUCUGGAAGAGCUCGAGCAGCAGCUACUGAAUCGCGAGUACUCCAGUGCCAUUAUCCAGCGUAAUAUGGAUGAGAAGCCGCAGAUAUCCUUCCUGCAGCCCCUGGACAUAAAUGCCACUUGUGCUGACGAGAAGCUCAUACUGGCCCCCGAUGCAAAUUGUACUCCACUGGCUUCAGAGCCAGAGCCAGAGCCAGAGCUCGAUCAUCAUGAUCAUUAUGAGCAGGAUCAAGAUCGGAGUCAGGAUAAAGGAGUAGCGCAAGAGAUGGAGCAAGACUCAGAGCAUGAUCAGGUUCAGGAUCGGGAUCCGGAUCAGGAUCAGGAUCAGGAGUAUGCUAAUAGAAAUAGAAUGGCAGCGCCUAGUGCCAAUCUCGCAUCAUCAUCGACUAAAGUAGCAGCGAAAUCAGUAGCUGUGAAAUUUGGUUCCUUAAACUCAGCAACUGCUAAGACUAAUAAUCUAUCGAAAGUAUCCUCAUCCAGCUCACCAGUAUCCGCAUCCGCAUCCGCAAACGUGGUUGAGGGAGAGGUCCCAUUACCUAGUACUGAUAAUAUAAGUAACAAUAAGUCAACCAAAUGUAGGCAAGGAAUAGAGCCGCCAACAACAUCGUGUGGAUACCUGGAUGAUGGCAAGAGUCAGAGUCAGAGUCCAGCAGCGUCUGCCUCUGUUUGCACCUCACCUCAACCAAACGAGUCGGAUGCAGCAGGCGCCGAUUUCUUGCAACUGCAACAGGUGGCUGCGGCUGUUAGCAUAUUCCCUCCCCAAGUCAGUUCCUUCCAUGCCUCCUUGGCAGCGCUGGCCGCCAACGAACCAAAUGCCAAUAGGGUCAAGCUUCUCACGGAGUUUCUUCAACAGCAGCUGCUGCAGCAGCAGCAGCAGCAGCAACAACAACAGCAGCAGCAACAGCAGCAGCAACAGAGUUCCUUGUUCGCCAGCCUAUGUCCCGAGCAUCCCGACUUCAAGGGGGUCGACUGCAAGACUUGCGAGCUCAUUGAUAUCCAACAACGGGUUAGAUCGCCGCCUCCAUCGCACCAACAUCUGGCUCUGGCUCUGGCUCAAUCUCAAUCUCAGUCUCAGUCUCAAUCUCAGGCCCUGCCUUUGUCGCAGCCUCAGCCACAUCGCUCUCCUAACAGCAACAGUGGCGGUCUGGCGAUAUCGCCCAGCUCCUCAUCGGUGACCAGCGUAGGAAAUGCGUCUGGUGCGGCUUCCAGCUUCACAAUCGGCGCGUGUUCCGAACACAUCAAUGGGCGACCCCAAGGAAUAGACUGUGCCCGCUGCGAAAUGCUGCUAAACUCGGCUCGACUCAAUAGCGGGGUCCAGAUGUCCACCCGCAACUCGUGCAAGACGCUUAAGUGUCCCCAAUGCAAUUGGCACUACAAAUAUCAGGAGACGCUGGAGAUCCAUAUGCGUGAAAAGCAUCCUGAUGGGGAAAGCGCCUGUGGUUAUUGCCUAGCAGGACAACAGCAUCCUCGGCUGGCCCGUGGCGAGUCGUACUCAUGCGGCUAUAAGCCAUACAGAUGCGAGAUAUGCAACUACUCCACGACCACAAAGGGUAACCUCUCGAUACAUAUGCAAUCGGACAAACACUUGAACAACAUGCAGGAGCUGAAUAGUUCACAAAAUAUGGUUGCUGCUGCGGCGGCAGCGGCUGCGAGUGGGAAGUUGCUGCUGUCCAGCUCAUCGCCACAAGGAUCCGGUGCCGGCCAACAAACUGUGCUGGGCUCAAGCGGUAGCGGGAGCGCGAGCGCCGCUGUCGUCUCUAACAGCGUUGGGGGCAAUGCAGCUAUGGUUGCGACGCCAACGCCUGGAUGCACGGGGGUAGGAGGCGUGGCCAGCGGCAGCGGCAGCGUCAAACCAAAGCCCUCGUUUCGGUGCGACAUCUGCAGCUACGAGACUUCCGUUGCCCGCAAUCUGCGUAUCCACAUGACCAGCGAGAAGCAUACGCACAACAUGGCUGUGCUGCAAAACAACAUAAAGCACAUCCAGGCAUUCAACUUCUUGCAACAGCAGCAGCAACAGCAGCAACAGCAGCAGCAGCAGGGCGCGAGUGGCAGUACUUCAGGCUCCAGUGCUGGGAGCUUCAUGCCGGAGGUGGCACUGGCUGAUCUGGCCUACAACCAAGCGCUCAUGAUUCAACUCCUGCACCAGCAGCAGCAACAGCAGCAGCAGCAGCAGUCGUCUAAUACCAAAAUGUCGCCCACAUCGUCCUCGCCAGUUAGCGCGACGGAUCAGUUUUCAUAUUCCCCAAAGCCCAUGAAGCAUGGCCAUGGAAUGGGAAUGGGAAUGGGUUUGGGCCUGGGGUUGGGGCUGGGAAUGCCAAUGGGAAUCGGCCAUUCAAAUGAAGCAUCUGGUGAAUCGGGGAGCGAUUCUCAUCCACUGGCGAAGCCAGAUAUGUGGCCCACGGCGCUCUACAGUUGCCUAAUCUGCGACUCCUUCAGCACAAACAAUUUGGACGAUCUUAACCAGCAUCUGUUGGUGGAUCGAUCCCGACAGUCCUCGAGCGCAUCCGCCGACAUAAUGGUCAUACACAACAACAACUACAUAUGCCGGCUCUGCAACUAUAAAACGAACCUAAAGGCCAACUUCCAGCUGCACAGUAAGACGGACAAGCACUUGCAGAAACUGAACUUUAUAAACCACAUCAGGGAGGGCGGAGCCCGCAAUGAGUACAAACUGCAGUAUCAGCCCCAGCUCAGUGCCAACGUGGUGCAACUGAUGUGCAACUGUUGCGACUUUCACACCAAUUCCAUACAGAAGCUCUCCAUGCACACCCAGCAGAUGCGACAUGACACGAUGCGGAUGAUUUUCCAGCAUUUGUUGUACAUUACGCAGCAGAGUCGAAUGCACAAGGAGUCGUCGCCGUGCACGGCAUCUGACGAUGCCCAAUGUCCUUGUCCGGACGAGGAUCAACAGUCGAUGGCCAUGGCAACGAUCGAGAAGGUUCUCAUUUGCCAGCUGUGCAGCUUUGCCGCCAAAAAUCUGUAUGAAAUGGUUCAGCAUGUGAAGGGCAUAAGGCACAUGCAGGUGGAGCAAUUCAUUUGUCUGCAGCGUCGUAGUGAGAACCAGGAGAUGCCCGGACUAAGUGAGGUGUACAAAGUGACUGAACGGAUCCGUGGUAGCGAAGAUAUCAUUUUUGAAGCUGGCUUCAAUAUGGCAACAACCGCACCCGUUGGGGGAUCGUCGGAGCUUGGCUUUGCAGCGGCAACAGCUGGCUCGUCGGCCGCUGCCGCUGCCGCUGCAGCUGCAGCUGCAGACAGCAACAUACUAUCUCCAAAGUCCACCUCGAGUUGCUCGACAUCGUGUGGCAAGAGUAUCGGUCGCAUCGCGUCUCCAAGCAUGAAUGACUUUAGUCUGAGUGCUUCAAACAGCAUUCCCACCACAGUUUUCAAGUGCAACUUGUGCGAGUACUUUGUGCAGUCGAAGAAGGACAUGGCCAGCCACAUUGAAACGGUGCACCCGGGGGCAGAGGGUGACGACUUCAUGAGUAUACCAACGAACACGGCGGCUCUGCAAGCCUUCCAAACCGCUGUUGCAGCCGCAGCCAUAGCGGCGGUCCAACAACGCUGCAGUGCCAUCAACAUGCCUAGAGAAGCAGAUACGGAAAUGGAUCCUUGUAUAACCGACUGCCCCAUAGACAUUAAGCGUGAGCGUCUCGAAGAGCAGGACGAUCCAAUGACGGGCAUAGAGGAAAGCAAACCAACAGCCAAUAUAGAUGCGGAUUCGACAGGAGCUACGGCUACGGCUUUAACUACAACAGCAACAACAACAGCAACAGCAAAAACAACAGCAACAGCAACAACACCGGGAGUGCAGUGUCCCCUUUGUUUAGAAAAUGGCUUCCGGGAGAAGUCAUUGCUCGAGACCCAUUUGACGAGCGUGCACAGCGUCACCAAAGAUGGCCUCGCCAGGCUUUUGCAACUGGUCGACAGUAAGGCCUGGAGUGAUUCCCCAUCCCCAUGCCCAUCCGUAACCGUAACCGCAACAACGAGCACAGCAUCCAAUUGCAAUUCGAAACCGGAAGACUGUGCGACAACCACGGGGAGUGUAAGCACCGAAGACUGUGUGUCGACUGUGUUCCCUGGUGCCGCAGCGACCAGCUCCACCGCAAGCUCGGCGGGAAUGCAGGGACUCUCCUGCCAGCAGUGUGAGGCCAGCUUCAAACACGAGGAACAGCUGUUGCAGCAUGCGCAGCAGACGCAACACUUUCCAGAGCAGAAUGGAGAGUACAUCUGCCUCGCGACCAGUCACAUCAGCCGUCCCUGCUUUGCGAGCUUUAGCACACUCUCGGCAAUGAUCAGCCACUUUAAGGACUCGCACAUGAGUCUGGUUAUCUCGGAGCGCCACGUCUACAAAUAUCGUUGCAAGCAGUGCUCACUAGCAUUCAAGACACAGGAGAAGCUUACCACGCAUAUGCUCUAUCAUACAAUGCGCGAUGCCACCAAGUGCUCCUUGUGCCAGCGCAAUUUUCGUAGUACACAGGCCCUGCAGAAGCACAUGGAGCAGACGCACUCCAACGAUGGAGCUGGAGCUGGAGUCGCGGCUGGCAGUGGCAGUGGCAGUGCCAGUACCAGUAGUCCCCGACCGCCGACACCAACUCCAAGCUACGGCGAGAUGGACAAAUUGUCAUCGGGGGAACGAGAGCCCCCGAAUGCUAGUGACGCAGGGCCCAAAUCGAAUAACACCUCAAGACGUUCACUGUCACCGCUGAGACUAGAGUUGCAGUACUCUAAGGAGACGGCGCAACUGUCGCCCAGCCCCAGCCCGCACACUCUUGACACGAACCAAACCCAGCAGCAGCAGCACCACCUGGCCACACUGACUGCGGCGUUGCUUAAGCAGCAGCAACAGUGUCACCCAGAUGCUGGCCUUCUGUCGGCAGAUCCUCUAUCGUUGUCUGCUGCCGACUUUUCUCAGCAGCUGCAGGUAGUGCCGCCGCAGUCCCAGCUUGGGGCUUUCGGAGUCGCUGGCAUUAAUCAGCAAUCCUUGCAGGGCCUGCAGAAUCUCCAAAAUCUGCAGCACAUGCAGCAGCAAUUUAGUGCCGUUGCUGCCUCAUCGGGAAUGCCCAUUAACCCGGUGGACAUGCUCAACCUCAUGCAGUUCCAUCAUUUAAUGUCUCUUAACUUCAUGAAUCUGGCCCCUCCAUUGAUAUUUGGCGCGAAUGCCGCCACCGGCAGUACAGCUUCAACAGCCGCGGCCCAAAACAACGGCAUGACCUCCGCUUCCUUAUCAGCACCAGCUUCCCAAGCGGGCGACAUGCAGAUUGGGAGCGGAGCAAGUAACUUGACGGGAGAAUCCACUAGCGCGAACAAUCCCACGGCCCAGCACAGCAUCAACAGUAACUCUCAGAUGAACAACAACCAAAAGCGAGCUCGCACACGCAUCACAGACGAUCAGUUGAAAAUACUGCGUGCCCAUUUCGACAUAAAUAACUCGCCCAGCGAGGAGAGCAUUAUGGAAAUGUCGCAGAAGGCGAAUCUGCCAAUGAAGGUGGUUAAGCACUGGUUCCGAAACACUCUGUUUAAAGAACGACAACGCAACAAGGACUCACCCUACAACUUCAAUAACCCACCGUCAACUACCCUAAACUUGGAGGAGUACGAGCGCACAGGUCAGACCAAGGUAACGCCCUUAAAUGAUAUUGUCAGUUCCGCGUCGCCCGCAACCAUAUCCACGCCGACUGCGAUUUCGUCCGCUCCGUCGGGAAACGCAAACUCUAAGGAGAACACAGCAGCCACCGUGUCGGCACCUGCAAUCUUGCCAGCUCCCGCUCCGGCUCCCGCCCCGGCUCCUGCCUCUGGCCCCGCAUCCCGUCCAGCGUCAACCAACUCCAGUGGCAAUAUAUCCGACUACUUAAGCAACAAUUUGUGUUUUGGACAGCAAGGGGGCAAAGAGCAGAGCCUGCCGUUUCCCGUGGAAGUGCAAAUAAAAUCGGAGCCGCAGGACGAUACGAUUGUGUCCAGUGAAUUUGCAUUUCUCCGGAAGCAGCAGCAGCAGCAGCAACAGCAGCAGCAACAGCAGCAUCAGCAGCAGCAACAAGGCUUUAUUUUUUUGAAGCAUCAACAGCAGCAACAAAGUGAUCCGCCGGAACAGUCCAACCAGCAUCAAGAGCCUGACACCCUACAUGAUCAAUCGUUGCUCGCAGGCUCAUCGCUUGCAGUUCACUGUCAUAACCAGCAGCAACUGCAACUGCAACAGCAACAGCACGCACAAACAAAUAGCUUCGAAACCAAAUCAGAGAGCGGAAGCUCUGAUGUAAUGUCGCGUCCACCGACUCCUAAUAGUGUGGCUGCUAGCAAUUUGUAUGGCAGCAUGAACGACCUGCUGAGCCAUCAGCUAGAAAGCAUGGGGAGCAACAUGGGUCCACCGAAAAAACUGCAAAUAGCUGGCAAAACAUUCGACAAAGGCACGGCCACCGUCUCCAGCUCGGCAACAGCAUGCAAUCAGUUUGAGAGCAAUUCCUCCAGCUCGUCAAAUUCAUCGUCGACGUCGGGAGGUAAACGGGCGAACAGAACACGUUUCACGGACUAUCAAAUUAAGGUCUUGCAGGAGUUCUUCGAGAACAAUUCAUAUCCAAAGGACAGUGAUCUAGAGUAUUUAAGCAAGCUGCUGCUCUUGUCACCCCGCGUCAUAGUGGUGUGGUUUCAGAAUGCCAGGCAGAAGCAACGCAAGAUCUAUGAAAAUCAGCCAAACAAUUCACUGUUCGAGAAUGAAGAGACCAAGAAGCAGAACAUUAACUAUGCGUGCAAGAAGUGCAGUCUGGUGUUCCAGCGCUACUACGAGCUAAUACGUCACCAGAAGAACCACUGCUUCAAGGAGGAGAACAACAAGAAGUCGGCUAAAGCUCAGAUUGCUGCUGCGCAAAUUGCCCAAAAUCUAAGUUCUGAAGACUCGAACUCUUCCAUGGAUAUACAUCAUGCUGGCAUCUGUCCCCCGGGUCCGCUGGGUCCACAGACUGUUUCAGCACCCGUGUCUAUCGUAACCCCAUCCGGGCACGCUGGGUCACAGCCAUUUGGUGCUUCGCCCUCGCCACAGCAUAUAUUUAGCAAGUCCUCGUCACUCACUGACUUCAGCCCAUCCACGACUCCAACGCCUCCCCAGCGGGAACGAAGCAAUAGUUUGGAUCAGCCGCAACGAACCGCAUCGAAGUUUGACUGCGACAAAUGUGAGCUGCAGUUCAGCCACCUGGAGCUACUGCGUGAACACCAAAUGAUGCAUCUGAUGAAUCCAGCAGCACUCUUGGCCGCCGCCGGCCAACACCCCAAUCCAGAGGCGAGCUAUGGUCCUUUCGGUAGCAUACUGCAAAGUCUGCAGCAUGCAGCGGCUCAACAGCAUCAGCAUCAACAGCCUCAUACAAAAAAGCGAAAAUACUCGGAUAGCUCUUCCAACGCAGAUGAUAUAACGUCCGUGGGGGAGAUGGAGACCCCGCAGAAGAAAUAUGAAUUUCUGUAUCAAUACUUUAUGCAGCAUGAAACGAACUCUGAGCUGAAACAGCAGUUUCUGAUGCAGCACCAGCAACAUCAGCAGCAACCAGGAAAUGAAACGGAUUUUGAAUUGGAGUUUUUAACUAAUUUCUAUCAACAGAGCGAGCUGAAAAAAGUCAGCAACUAUGACUUUUUGCUACAAUAUUAUCGCAAAUGUGAAGCAAUAUCGUUGAACACGAAGCCGCCUCAACAGACUUUCAGCUCCAGCAAGAAGCCAACAAUUGAGUUCCUUUUGCAAUACUAUCAGCUUAAUGAGUCGAAAAAGUUUUUUCAGUUAGUUGCCUCGCCCCAAACGAUGCCUGAUGGGCAAGGGUACCAACCGUCGUCGCAGUUGCCGAACGCGACGGCGGAUGAAACCAUGAACGUUAUCGGCGAACCAGAAGAGGGGCAACAAUUGCAGGAGCAAUUACAGAAUCAUCAGGAACACUCUAACGUCGAGAGGAGACGACUUGGAAAAGGGCUGGCGCUGGCGCUGGCCGACGACAAGAAGGAACAGGAAAGGCUGAAUAACAACAGCAUUAAUAUCAACUCGAGCUCAUCUGAAUCAGCUCAGUUCACCUCAGCUAGAGUUGAGGCAUGCGAGACGCAACCAAUUGAAAUCAGAGGCCAUCAGCAGCCGGCAGUGACACCCACUUCAAUGUCGAUCACUGAGGAUGAAAAAUCUUUAUUUGGCAGGUCACUACAAAAAAACGACAAAGAGAAGUCCCAGUUCUUUCAAAACCUUGAGGACUUUUUGGAUGCCACCAUGAUUGAAAACAACUCACAGACUCUAACUUUUAACGAUGACGACACUGCUAGCCAGAAAGAUGAUGCUAAAAUAUCCUCAACGCUCAAGGUCCAUGAAGUGGAAAACGUAACCUCGGUGUCUCCGGUCAAUGCCCCAUCGAAGCAGAAUAAGCGCCUACGCACGACAAUACUUCCAGAGCAAUUAAACUUUUUGUACGAAUGCUAUCAAUCCGAGUCGAAUCCCAGCCGAAAAAUGCUCGAGGAGAUAUCCAAGAAAGUAAACCUCAAGAAGCGUGUAGUACAGGUUUGGUUUCAAAAUUCACGUGCCAAAGACAAAAAAUCUCGAAAUCAGCGGCAUUAUUCGCAUAUUUCGGAUGACAACAGCUACGACGGCUCCAGUGGGAAAGAGGUUGGCAACGACCUGAAGGGGAAGGGCGUUUCCGUCGUACAGGACCACGACAUGGAUCUGCAGGACUGUCAGCUUUGCCAAGUCACACAGGUCAAUAUGCAAAAGCACGCUUUUAGCGUAGAGCAUAUAUGCAAAAUGAAGGAGCUUCUUGAACAAACCACCGAGCUAUACGCAAAUAGCAAUGGCAGCGGCAGCGACGAUAACGAUUCGGAUAGAGAAAAGCGCUUCUACAGCCUAUCAAAAGCUUUUCUGUUACAGCACGUUGUUUCGAACGCUGCUAACAUAUCUACACAACGGCAUACGCAUACGCCGGGUGCUGGUGCUGGCCCAGAUACAGAUGUGCUCCCAGAAGAGAACUGUCUGCUUAACUUUGACGCCGCUGCUUGCGAGGACAAAGGCCAUAUCAAGCAUCAUUCGGCUGCCGACGUUGGGAGUAAGGAUGUGCAAAAUGUCGGUGGCAAUCAGGAUCUCAUGCAUCAGCUAUUCAACCGAAAUCAUAUCACCGUUAUAGGUGGAAAAUGAACUGAAGGGUUGCCAUUAUCUUGUUAUUCUGGAUAAGGAUUGGUGUGCAGAUUAUGGACGGAAAGGAAACAUGAUGAUAACACUUGAUGUGGAGGAAAUUACACUCCAGCAUACAUACAUAUUAACUAUACUAUGCAAACUUGAAAGUUCCUAUUUUAUAGAAAUACACACAUAAAUGAAAUUUUUGACAUUUCAUGAUACUAAAAAAUGAAUACAUGUAUAAGAAAUCUCACGAAUACCUAUGUACUUCAACCUUAGUAAGAAUUGCAAAAUGAUACGGAAGUGUUCCUAACUAUUCAAAAUAUAAAUGUAGCAAUAAUCGAAAAGUUUAUACAUAUAAUUGCAGCAAUGGAAGGUUAAACGUUUAUAGGCCAUGGCAGCUUCUACCAAAAGUAAAUAAUAUGACAUAUACAUAUACAUAUAAUGACUUAACAAAAGCAUUAGAUUUAAUGAGACGCAAACUGAGUUCCUAGCAUUUGAUUGCUUUAUGCCUUUGUUUUCUAUUUUAGAAUAUAAUCAUAGUCACAAGGAUACAAUUAAUACUAAGAAGCUACUUCGGCAUGCCGAAGUCCCUUUGGACACCUAUCAAAAACUGAUACAAGCUUAGUCUUUAAAGUAUAACCCCACUAUUCAAGUUUUCGAAAGUGUGCAUCAACGAAACGAGCAAAAUAAAAAAUAAGAACUAUUGUUUUAUUAUUACCUAAAAAUGCUGAGGGUAAAUGUGCCAAUGAUUUAUUUCGCGAAACAUGCAUAUAUGUAUGUACAUACAUACAUAUGUACAUGGUUAGCACAUUCUAUGACUAAAGCUACAUUAAGAUUUAAUAUUCGCUUUCGAAUAAUUUCCAGUUCCUAUUAAAAAACAUUAAAAUACUGUCAUGUGCAUUUAGAGUAUAUGAGUGGGGGGCUUGCAUAUCCAACGGGUUCGAUAGUUGGAUAAUAGCCAGAAAAAUGACUCUUAUUUGGUCCUGUCAGAGAGCAUCCUUGUUAAAUAUGUAUUUGUUAUUAAAUAUCACAAUAUUAUUUACUAUUUACUACUUACUUUUUAUGUAUUAUUUAAACGUUCUAAAGAGAGAAAAACGUUAGGCAGUGGUUACUACUAUUUCACAAUUACAUUACUUUUUUUUUGUAAGGCUUCCAAAUACAGAUCUGAGCUUUUUGUGGGAAAGCUCAACAUAAAUAUCAUACUGUUACAUACAUAUAUGUUUGAACUAUUCUUCCUGCCCUUCCAUUUAGUUAAAAAGAUUUUAAAAACAAAUGGGCUAAAAUAGCUAAAUGAAAACAGAUUUGAUAAGCUUUAGACCGAUUCAAUUUCUUAACAAAUCGUAUUGACAUUCAGUUAGUUGAGUUGUUCCCUUCCCUCUCCUGCACAUACAUUCAUACGUACACCCAGUAUAAACUAAGUGUAAGAGUAUGUUACGAGAGCUAAGAAAAACUUUACUAAAAAGUUCCUAUAGUAUUUAAUAUAAAAAAAACAAACCAAACAAAACAAAACGAAAUGAAACUAUAUUUUAUUUUAACUUUAAGA